AGCAAAAACACAUUACCAACUUUACGCCUCUCUAUCGUUCCCACAAACAAUGGCAAGGAGGAAUGCCAUGCUCUUGGCCCUGCUAUUUCUAUCAUGCGCAGUGCUCACACAGGGCCAACAAAUACGCCCCUUAACAUCAUUCCAAUCAGACCCUAAAACCCUUUCAGAAGCCUCAACUGAUUUCGGUCACAUAGUUCACAAAACCCCUACACUAGUUUUGGAGCCGUCUUCGGUCAGCGACAUCUCUGACCUCAUAAAGCAAUCAAACUCUCGUGCCACCCCCUUCACCAUCGCCGCGAGGGGGCAUGCCCACUCGUAUCUCGGGCAAGCCAUGGCUGAGGGUGGGGUCGUGGUAAACAUGACCGAGCUCAACCGGUUCAGAAACGGGUCAGGGAUUGUUAUAACAUGUGGUGGUGGUGGUGGUGGCGGUAGUGGAGGUAAUUGUUAUGCGGAUGUUGGGGGUGAGCAGUUAUGGAUUGAUGUGUUGCAUGCAUGCCUUCAACGUGGUCUCUCGCCGCUCGCUUGGACUGAUUACUUGUAUUUGACAGUUGGUGGUACGCUGUCUAACGCUGGGAUCAGUGGCCAAGCCUUUCGAUUUGGACCUCAGAUCUCUAAUGUCCUUGAAAUGGACGUUGUUACCGGGAAAGGAGACCUUGUUACUUGUUCUGCCAACAUGAACUCAGAGACAUAUUAUGCCGUUCUUGGGGGAUUAGGUCAAUUUGGGGUGAUAACAAGAGCAAGAAUACUUCUAGGACCUGCACACACCAGGGCAAAAUGGCUCCGUUUGAUUUACACCGAUUUUUCCGCUUUUUCUGGAGAUCAAGAACAUUUGAUCUCAUUCAGUGGAAGUAGUGACACUAAUGCAUUUGAUUAUGUAGAAGGCAUGCUUCUCCUGAAUCAGCAGCCACUUGACCUUUCCUUUUUUCCAACACCAGAUCAGCCUAGGAUAACUUCCUUGGUAUCUCAAUACGGCAUCACCUACGUCCUUGAACUAGUCAAAUAUUAUGACAACAAUUCUGAAGCACACAUUAAUGAGGAAGUUGCAAAUCUGGUCAAAGGUUUGAAGUUUGUUCCUAAUUUUAUGUUCAAAAAAGAUGUGUCGUACGAGGAGUUUCUCAACAGAGUUCAUGAAGAUGAGCUAGCUCUUAGGUCAAAAGGACUUUGGGAUCUUCCUCAUCCUUGGUUGAACAUGUUCAUUCCAAGGUCCAGAAUUUCAGAUUUCAAUGAAGGUGUGUUCAAGGGCAUUAUUCUAAAGCAAAAUCUUACCGCCGGAAUCGUACUAGUCUACCCGAUGAACCGAAAUAAGUGGGAUGAUAGGAUGUCAGUAGUUACACCUGAUGAAGAUGUCUUCUACACUGUAGGUCUUUUGCAAACUGCUGCAAAUGGGGGUGAUGAGGUGCAGAAAUAUCAGGCUCAAAACCAAGAGAUACUGCAGUUUUGUAAAGGUGCAGGCAUUAAGAUCAAGGAAUAUCUCACUGGUAACAAAACACAUGAAGAAUGGGUGGAACACUUUGGCCCCAAAUGGAAACUUUGGGAAGAUAGAAAAGCUGAAUUUGAUCCCAAAAGAAUCUUGUCACCUGGACAAGGGAUUUUCUAAUAAAUAGCUAGCAUCUAGAUAGGAACGAAUUGGAUUAGGAGGGAUUUUCUAAUAAAUAGCUAGCAUCUUGCUAGGAAUAAAUUGGAUUAGGAGUUACCGUUUGAACCAACUUUUUUAUGUCUUAAAAGUUACUUUAAAGUUUAAUAUAAAAGUUUUAAGAAAAU